UUAACAAAGCUACGUCACAUCCGCUCAACGCAGACGCAGAAGCAGUGUUCGCUUCCUGUCAUUUCAUCUCCUGUUUGAUUUGAUUUGUUCAUCCUCGCUCGCCUGCACCUUGGUUUAUUAAUGGCGUGUCCUUCCAAUAACACAGCGGACCUGAACCCAGCCCUCCUCCCUCUGGACUGGCUGCUGGGUACCUGGGAGUCGGAUGAACCCGGGGAGGGCUGUUUUACGACCAUCAAACCUUUCCGCUACACAGAGACACUGACCUUCAGCCACGUGGGACAACCAGUCAUCAACUUUACGUUCAAUGCCUUCCAUGCAGAGAACAAGAAGCCUCUGCACAGGGAGUGUGGCUUCAUUCGAAUGCAGCCGGGAUCCAACAGAGUGGCCUUCAUGAUCGCACAGAACUCGGGUCUGGUGGAGAUCGAGGAGGGGGAGCUGACAGGGCAGCAGCUGAAUCUGCAGAGCCAGGCGCUGGCCAGAGUCUCCUUUGCCAGAGAGCCGCAUGUACAAAAGGUUUCUAGAGUGAUUCAGCUCCGACCAGAUGGGAGGCUGGAGCAGACAGUUUCCAUGGCAACAGAUAACGAGCCACUGAUGCAGCACUUGCACAUCACCUACCGUCGGCAGGCUUCCUUUACUUAGAAUUACGUUCCUCAAAGAAAGGGGACAUGAUGGAUGAUCAGGGUUUAGGCAGUUCAUCAGUUACACAGUUUGAGUUCUGGCGUACAUUAAUACAAUAGAUCCAAAACGGGAAGUUGUAUAAGGCACUUCAUAGAUUUAAUGUUAGUGACAGUUUAAAGGGUCCUGUGGGUUUUUUCUUGUAAUCAAACAAAAGUUAUGUUCACAUUAAGCUUUAUUUUCCAAAACAUGAUUAUCCACAUUUACUAGAAAAAUGUCCACCACCUGCAGGUCAAAGGAACGCGCUUUAGUAUGGGUACUUGCCUUAUCUUAAUAUGUAUUGCCUGGAUAGUAAAGCUCAUAAAGCACUGAUUAAUUCGUGUUAAAGUUUCCUCUUAUCUUUAACUUUGAUUGCACUAUUUCAAGGCUGGAAGCUCAAGUAACUACUGGUCGAUGAACCCCAAAAACAAUAGUGGGUUUUAAAAUCCUUUCAUCAUGUCACAGGAUAUCCAAGAUUAUUGUAUGUCUUUCAGCAGAGUGGUUCAUAUACAUGUAAGUCCAUUGGCAGCAAUAAGAGAUAUUAAAGUUAUUUAACCUAUGA